GAGUAAGGGCCGCCGCCGCCUCAUUGUCCUAGCAGACGAAAGCGCGUCAGGUCGUCACGAAGAAAUUUAUCUAAGUAGUCACGAAUCGGAAGGCGAUAGGUCUCGUAGUGAAUGAAGGUUGCUUUCGCCGUGGGUGGGCUCGAGCGGUACGUGCUACGGACUUCAAUCAGAGGACAGAGUGACGUCACACCUUAUCGGGGGCGGGUAGCGAUCGGCGACGGUGGCCGGGACACUUGCAAACUAAGGCUAGCGGCGGCGAGAUGCGGGUGUGGGUGAUGUGGUUGGUUCUGUGGUGCGCGACGGCGGGCCAGGCGGCGCGGCUGCUGGCGGUGCUGCCCACCAACACAAGGAGUCACUACGCGAUGUACGGAAAGCUGAUCGAGGCGCUGGCUGAAAGGCAGCAUCACCUCACCGUCAUCACACAUUUUCCAAUGAAAAAUCCACCUCCAAACGUUGAAACGAUCAGCCUAGCCGGAACAAUACCUGAAAUCGCCAACAACCUUACCAAAGAGCAUCACACAAUAAAACCGGAGUUCAUAGGCAACUUGGAGCAGAUAAUACAAGAGUGUGUCAGGACAUGUGAAAUCGUCUCCAAGUUACCAGCUGUCAAAGCCCUGCUUAAUUCUACUGUAAAAUUUGAUAUGGUGAUAGUCGAGAUAUUCGGAAGCGAAUGUUUCCUGCCGUUUGGUAGGAAAUACCAAGCUCCUGUAGUGGGAUUUUUAUCCAGCGUCCCCCUACCAUGGGUGAAUGACCAACUCGGGAAUCCGGAGGCGACUUCCUAUAUCCCAGCCUAUAUGAUGGGCUACGGACAACACAUGACGCUCUGGGAAAGAUUUAUGAACACGCUAUCUGUGUAUUGGGCUAAAAUAUUGUACAAAUACCAGUCGCAAAUUCCUUCUCAGGUUAUAGCAGACCGGCUUUUCGGCCCUGGACCAAAACUAGAAGCCUUAGCUCAGAACUACAGUCUGGUGCUGUCGAACAGUCAUUUCAGUAUAAAUCAGGUGCGGCCGCUGGUGCCGGGCUUAGUAGAAGUAGGAGGGCUGCAUCUGGACGACUCGCAACAAUUGCCAAAGGAACUGAAAGUGCUACUCGACGCGUCGCAAGAAGGCGUCAUCUACUGGAGUUUCGGCUCCAUGUCGCGCAUCGAGACGAUCCCCAACCACAAAUUGGCCGAGAUUUUCCGCGUUAUAGGCGAACUGCCACAGACAGUAUUGAUUAAGAUGGACCGACGGAUGCUAGCCCGGAACCUGACCGUGCCUGACAACGUGUACACUAUGGACUGGAUACCACAGUAUAAAACUUUAUGUCACCCCAACGUAAAGUUGUUUAUAUCGCACGGCGGACUCCUGGGUACGCAAGAGGCGGUGGCGUGCGCCGUGCCCAUGCUGACUGUACCACUGUACGCGGACCAAGCACUCAACGGACGAGCUAUGGCUGACAGAGGCGUCGCACGAGUGGUCACUCUCAACAGGGACUUUGAUAAGGACCAGUGGCGGCAAGCACUGAAGGAUUUGCUUAGCAAUCAAAAGUACAAAGAAAACGCCUUACAGCUGAGGGAUAUAUUUUUAGAUAGGCCGCUAUCGCCGCUCGAUACUGGAGUAUAUUGGAUAGAGUAUGUUCUAAGACAUAAAGGUGCUGGACAUUUGAGGUCUCCCGCGUUAGACUUGCAUCCAGCUCAGCACAUGCUACUAGAUGUAAUCGCCCUUAGCGUAGCUUUAGCUAUUCUAUUAACUUUCAUUCUUUAUAUUCUAUUUCGAUAUCUUUGCACUAGGUGUAUCAAAUGGUGGCCUAAAGAGAAGCUAGUGUUCGAAAAAAGGCUGUUUAGAAGAAACAGUCUUUUGCUCUGUUUGCUUUGGAAAUACAAAGCGAAAGUUAAUUAGUUAAUUCAAAUUGAAUUUAUUGUAAUUUAGGUAUAAGUGUAAAUAAUAACAAGUAAGAUAUUUAUGUUGAUAAUAGAAAAUACUUUAUGAA